UGCGCUAAGGUUUUAAAGCACUAAGUACUUGUAGUGUAACCUGUGUGAUGAUAACCGGUCUAUGGGUAUUGCACAUUAGUUGGACAACAUCCGCGCCGGCUGCACCUAACGAAACGUCACCGCGCUCAAGACGGAGCAAAACAAAGAGCAGCAAACAUGUUUCGCAACGAACCUGAAGUGCAAAUGAUCGACAUCGAGGAAUGCUUAAGGGACGUCAUUGCGGAUGAGUACUCGAACGUCGUGUUUGAAUGUAUGAUUGCUGAAGAUUGUCCGAUACCAACAGAUGACAUUUUUUACACCUGGAUUAAAGAUGGAGAGAUUUUGCGCUCAACUCGUCGGAUAAAAAUAAAGACCGACGGAAAAUGGCACCGCCUCGAAUUAUCAUCUGUUACUGCGAGCGACCAGGGCGUUUACAUAAUAUUACUGCAACAUUUUGGUGUCCAAUCUCUAUCCAAGGGCUACCUUUACGUGAAGCCCACAAACUCUCUUACUAACGGUCCCAUGUAUUUAUCAGCAGCUGCAAGGCAUAACUUUGGUGCCGUGAGACAACUUGUGCACACUAAAGUUCCAGUGGGCGGUGUCAUUGAAUUGGAAGCGAGGUUUAAAGAACCAAAGACGGAAGAUUUUCUAUGGUUCAAAAAUAACAGCCUUCUUGUAGAAGAUGAACGCACGAUCAUUUUAAGCGAUGGCAGAACAACCACUCUUUCUAUCAUCAACGCAAAAGAGAAGGAUUCAGGAAUUUAUUUGGUGAUGUACAGAUCUCGAUUCGGUUACGAGUCCAGUUUUACGGACGUGAUAGUUCUCAAUCUUGAACCAGCUAUAAUACAAAGGAGUGAAGUCAUCCCAAGCAUCGACGAACCGUUUCCAACUGUUAUGGAGGCUUAUAGUGGGGCAGAAGUGCGAAUGGUUGCUAAAGUUCAUUAUGACUCCAACACUAUAUUCUCUUGGGGGAGGGGACCUGAACCACUACAAAUGAGACAGAACAUGGAGAUUCAAUAUUUUAACAAUCGAUAUAUUGCAUUGAAAAUGUUCUGCGUGUCUAAAUCUGAUGGCGGUGAAUAUACGCUGUACGCACGCGAUAGAGUCACUGGACACACUGAUGAAACUACUUGCAUUCUACUCAUAAAUAAGCUACCCGUGAAGAGGUUAACACCAACGAAGAUACUCAAACCUUUGGAUGCAGCCGUAGCUUGCGUGGGUUCGUCAUUGACAUUCAAAUGUGUAUUUCAAGCAGAGGACGCAUUCUUUUGCAGUGCCGUCUGGGAAAUCGGCAAAUUCAGGGUGGAGCGUACCAAUCAACGUUUUAACAUAUACUGUUGCGGCACGGAAUUUUACAUUUACAUCAAGAAGUUGGAGCCAGACAUGGCUGGUCCGAUAGUGUGUGAGAUCCGUAAAGCGAUUCCUGGCCAGAAGCCUGUCACACUCUGCGUUUCAGCUGCAAACCUGACUAUUGUGCCCCCAUGUGCACUGGAGGGGUUAUCCAGGGACGGGCCCGCUGUCGUCCCGGCUACAGAUGGAUUCUAUAACAUGUCAUCGAAGGUUUUAAUACCUAUUAAGGCAAUGGCUAAUGCCGAUGCUCCUUCUAACGAUAAUGAAUCGCCAGUCCCUGCUGAUAAGGGUGAAAAAGAAUUUUCUAUGAAAAUCAAGUUUUGCAAAUGCGAUCGAGACAUUUACUUCCUGCACGUAGAGGCAGAGGGGAUGCCAGAGGACGCUAAGUUAACAGUUCAGGAUGUGCCCAAAGACGGACCGUCCACUAGCAAAGUGGAUGACAGAAUGAUACUCAUGCAAUGGCCAGCUGUUGGGAAUUACUGGUAUGCCAUAGAUAUCGAUCAAACAGAUGACGAAUUUACUGGUGCUGGAGUAAGCAGCACACCAUCAUUGCGCAUAAAGAAUCCUCCUCUGGAGAAGACUAUGAACAUACGCGUACUUGGCGUGGCACCCAACUCUAAUUGUAAAGUGUCUCCUGUUGAAAUUUCUGAAGUACAAGUGGAAGAGAUGACUUAUCCAAGACACGUGCGAAUCCAAAGGAUGGAGCUAUUUUCGCAGCAGUACUGCGAGACGGGUGAUACAAUUGGGCGUGGAGCUUUCGGCCAAGUGGUACUCAUUAAAAACGAAAGCAAUCAGUACUAUGCUGCUAAAACUAUGAGGACGAUUUUGCAAAAGAGGAGGGAUGCAGCUCGUAGGGAGUUUGAACUGCUGAAGUCAUUGCAGCAUCCCAAGCUUGUGAAGCUGCAUAUGGCUUUUUCCACGAAGGACGACUUUGUUCUCGUCAUGGACUACCUAUGGGGCGGAGAGCUCUUCGACAGAUUGGUUGACGAGGAUCAUAUUAUAGAGCUAGACGUCAUUAUAUAUGUGCGUCAAAUAUGCGAAGGUCUGCACUACAUCCAUCGCCAAAAAAUAGCUCAUCUGGACAUGAAGCCAGAAAAUAUAAUAUGCGUCAAUCCGAACAGUCGCCUGAUAAAAAUAGCUGACUUUGGUCUGGCUCGCGCUAUACAUGAACGGCAUAUUGUCCGAGCCAUCUAUGGAACUAAAGAUUAUGUAGCUCCUGAGAUAUUAAAUUUUGAGCCACUGAGCCUCGCUUGCGACAUGUGGAGUUUUGGCGUUAUUAUUUAUCUCCUAUUGUCUGGAGUAUUGCCAUUCCAUGGAAGGAAUUGGCUUGACUACACAGCCAACAUAAACAAGGCUUACUACAACUAUGAAGAGCCAGCAUUCAGGGAUAUCUCUCCCCUUGCCAAAGAUUUCGUGAAUAGGCUUAUUGUGCUCAAUCCUGCUAAGAGGAUGUCAUCAGCCGAAGCCAUUCAACAUCUGUGGCUGCAGGAAGGUCCUCCAAGCGGAGCCGGCCACAGCCCCAUGAGGCGCGCUCGUGAGAAUCUGCGAUCGUAUCUUCGUAAUUAUAGGCAGAGAUGGCAGAGAGCUGGCAAUUUGUUGAUUGCCGCUCAUCGUCUGCGCAGAGUUGUCGUUAACGCUCGUUGAAGAAGCUCCUGAACUCGUCACUUAAACUGCUCAGUAGCUUCAUGUCUUUAUCUCAAUUACGUUCCGAUCAAAGAAGAACGUUUCAAAUUAAUCUUAAUAUGUAGUGAAAAGUAGAAUUUAUUUCUAUUCAUUCCCAUUUAUGCAUAUUAAAGGAUUUAAUUACUUUAAGAUCUUUAUGAUGUAUUAUUAUUCACUAAUAUACUACGUCAUGAUGCAAGGUGAAAAAUGUGCCAUGAAUAAUAUAAGUAAGGCAAAUUAAAAUCUACAAGUGUGAGUUUAUAAGACUAUCAUAACUCUCAACUCACCAUUCAUAUUGGAGCAUUAAAACAAUGUCGUAGUGUGUUGGUGUAUUUUUAGCUGUAGUUGAGUAGUAUUAUUACGUUACUCAUAGACUUAACAACAUUGGGAGUCUUUAACAGUAUAUACAUUGAGAAAUUCGACGCAUAUUCAUAUUAUUAUACAGUUAAAUAUGUCCAAAGGUCUAGAUUUAUAAAAGUUGUAAGUAGGUACAAUACGCUUUGAGAAAGCAUCAGCAUUUUAAGAUCAGACGAUUAUAUCAGACCACAAAACACUUAACUUCUAAACAAUUCCAGAAACGCACAUAUGAAGAUUGUUCCAGACAUGAUGUACUUACCUACAAGAACAUUUCAGUUUGUAUUUUGUCUUAGAAUCAUAGCAUAUUUUGAACAUUAGGUUAUAUUCCAGUUUCUUAAUUAGUCAAUCAUGUUACUCGUAGAUUAUACCUGCUUCAGGUUAUGCUAUGUAACUAGGUUACUUUCUGUGAUCUGGUGUGGGAAUCUAAGAGUCAAUUUGAAGCGCAAUUUUAUCGUUUUCGAACCUCCCAUCAUUAAUCAGCUGGAUCACAGAAUUAGUAUUUAAUUAUUUAUUAUUAUAUUUAAGAACUUGCAAAACCAUGUAAUCAACCAAUUAAUUGUAAUCUUUGAUCUUAAAUAAACAGUAGUUGGAU